AUGAAGCCUCCACGUCUAGUUGUUUUCGUUCUACUCUUUAUCAUUGGGCAAGAGUCGCAGAAUGGGCCGGUUGAGGUCGAUGACACAGCAGCCAUCCCGGCUUUGCCGAAAAUCGCGGACGUUAGCUGCAACGAUGUUCUCAACAUUCUUAUACCGGACUGGGAUAUCUCUUGCGGUGACAACAGUGUGGACAGCUCGGCAUUGACUGCUAUAUCCUCGAAUUUUUUGGCCAACAUCAACUUAAAUUGGACAACGCUUGGACUCGAGGAUGCAUUUUCGGAAGCUGUUAAAUAUGUUUAUGACAACCAUCUAGAUUCCUUCUCUACCACCAAUAACGAUACACUGGCGGAGUUUCAGAUCAGCGUUACGCAAGUUGAUGAGUACAGCAUGACUGCUUCCCUGUCUUCAACAAUUUACAUGGACCCCGAUGCGCUUCCCGAAGAUGACUCUAACAGCACCGGUGAAAAUGCUACAGCUGAAGCAGUCGGUUACACCAGCAGCAGUACUGCUAGUAGCGCACUGUCCACUGGCAUAGGUGCCGAUAGUUCAACAUUGCCUAAUGGUACGGAUAUGAGACCUGUGAGAAAGCGUCAAGGAACGAGUCGGUCUUUUGUACUCAAGUACAACCCUAAAAAGCAAGGAACACCUCCAGCACUUGCUGGUUACCCAAGAACAUACUCCAAGAUCUCCAGCAAUGGCUUCUCGACUUUACCAGCUGCAAAGUACAUCUGGAAUAAGCCGACAAAAUUUCACCUCGCAGUUACCGUAUCACAGGCACUCGACAUGUGCUUGGACCACUAUGUCAAGACCCUGGCACCAGCUGAUCCCAGCUUGCGAUCGAGCGCAGCCACAAUAUCUGUGGGCCUUGCCCAGAGUUGGGGCCUCGUCUACAAGCCUGACCCCUAUUAUUCUGUGACUUGCUAUUACAACCCAGGUCCCUAUGAGAGCAUGACAUUUAACAAAGUGUCCAAUGUGAACGCUGCCCACACCAGUGAGACAGUUGAAGAUGUGUUCAUUUACGAACGAACGGAAUCCUGCGCAUACGAUACAAACAUGGUCCAGAACCCGCCGGAAUGCCUCUGGACUGAAUACGGAUCUAAGAACAUCCUCGAGACUGUUGCAGCACGUUCAGACGACUCAUACCGUUAUGGCUUCUUCGACAGUUUCAUGCAAAACCUUGGAAAUUAUGUCUAUGAUGGGAAGCAAGGUAUUAGGAUGGAUUGUGAUAUUCUCACUGGUUGUGUUGAGCCACUGGUGCCGGGGGCUACUGCUACCGAUCUCGAAAUUGGCGCUUUCAUGAUAACUACGGCCAUCUACCAGCAGUACAGCGUCACCAGGAUUCUCUUGGAAACGUUCAACGUUGCCACAGCGUGGGCGGCAGGUGUGCUACCGGGAAUAGUUGACAUGAUGAGAGUUCCGGAGACCAAGGAGAAGCCAGAAGACGACUCAUUCGACGUACUCGGCCUUUUUGACUUGAUUCUUGGAACAUGUCCACUAGGCAAAGCAGGUGAAGCAAUCGGCGGUGUUCUCGCGUGGUAUGAGUACAUCGAUGCUAUCAGAGGCCCUCGAAAACCGUCAAUCACUUUGCCGCAGCCAAACCUCUUCGACAUGUCUUUCAUGUUUGCCCAAACUAGCACAGCUAUCAGAACAGCAUACGUGGAUCAGUUCGCUUUGGCAGUGGGCAGUCAGCAUCCCUCCACGAAAAAGAAGAACUUUCUAAAGAUAUUUGACUGGCACUCCCCACCAGCACUAUUAGACACAGUGAAAAACAACUUUACCGAGAGUGUGGAGGUAGUCAAGGGUCCUAUGGUCAACUAUAUCAUUGCCAAGGUCUUUGAGUCUACUAGAAUCCCCCUUUUGAAAUUCUAUCGCAACUUGUGGGAUUCAAACGCUCAAUUGGAGUCGUGGGUCCCUCUACUGGACACACCCACAUCAUACAGAGCGACGGAUGAUGGCGGCAUGUAUAGACUCCAGCCACUCGUCUGGCAUCAUUGGAACGGACCACAGGAGGGCGAUGACCCCGGUAACAGGGACACUGCUGGUCACACACACUACGCCAUGAAGGGACAUCUCGGCUAUACCCAAAUGCUCGAUGUCAGCAAUAAGCUAAGCCAGUACUGGAGUGCUGAGCAAAGCUGGAAAUCUGCAGUCGACUGCCAGAACAAACGCACCAACGGAGAAUUUCCACAAGACUAUAACGGCAAGGUCUUCUAUCCUAAAGGCGCGCAGCCCCUUGAUGCAUUUACCGACGUCAAUAACAUUGGUGCGUACACUGCCUAUGUCGUGUUGUGUCUAUUGCUGGCUAAGAAAGGUCUUAACUAG